AUGUUAUUCUGUAAAAUAUUAAAGCAUUGUUUCAGCUUUGAAACUAGAAGUAUUACAAAAGCAAUCUUAUCCUAGAAAUUAAUAGUGAAAAACCUGUUGUAUUAAAAGCAUUUACUGUAUGGAAUGAGAAUUUAAUGUUGUCAAUGACUCCCAUUAAAGCUACGUAUAUUGAAAAAAAUAAUUAUUAUUCAAUAUAAAAACCUGGUUGGAUACUUUUUGAAUUAAUUCCAGUGAUUCGUUAAAAAGAAGGAAACCAUCAUUUGGAAUGGGAUAAAAAGAAAUAAUAUAGUUUAAGUAUUAAAUAGAUUGGAUAAUUAUUGGUCACAAAAAAUAAAGCAUAUGAUGAAACUUCAAAUUUCCUUAUUAGUAUUCCUCAAAUUAUUAUACCUAAGCAUAUAAAACAUAAUUAAAUGAGAAGAAAUUCAUGAAGAUAAAUAAAACUGCAUAAGAGAUAAAUCUAUCAAUUACAUAGGAUGAAUAAUAAGAAAAUUAAUUCAAUCCUUUUAAGAUUACUCUGACUUAAGCUGAGUAUAUUACAGCAUUAGAAUUAAUAAAUGUAAUUAAUUUAAUAAUGAAAUUCUAGUUUUCCUUACCUUUUUUAAUUGGAUGGGAUGCAUUAUACACACCACAAUAUUCAGAUAAUGAUUCUUUAGAUUGA